CUGGUUUAAUGGUUUGUGAUAAAUAGCCGGUUUGUUUUCCAGACUUGCAGAAACUCACCGAAAAGGAUAACUGAAACAAGUAUGGUAUCGGGACGCCACUGGCAGGAAGGGUUUUUCACUUUUCUGUCAACUUUUUUUUGUGUGCUUUUAAAGACCCGAAAGUUUAAGCACCUGGGCUACGUGUGAUUAAUUAGACUAGUGCAAUACAAACUAAAACACCAUUUAUAAAGUGUUAUUCUGCAUAAUUUAUACACCAACUCAUUGAAAUUCCCCUUAAUAGACCAGCUACACCAUGAGUGAUUUGCUUGUGGACUCGCAAAUUCGUGGCUGGGUAUUUUUGCCAAUAGUUGUGAUAACAUUCCUAGUCGGAAUUGUAAGGCAUUACAUCUCAAUUUUACUUGCGUCCCAGAAAAAGAUCGAGCUUCAGCAGCUGCAAGACAGUCAAGUGAUCCUGCGAUCAAGGCUGCUACGCGAAAAUUCGAGAUUUAUACCAAGAUCGUCAUUUUUGAUGAGACGGCACUUCUUUAACAAUGAGGAGAAUGGUUACCUAACACAGAAAAGACCGCCGGUUACUCAGAACAUGAUGACCGAUCCGACGAUGAUGACUGACAUGCUGAAAGGAAACGUUACAAACGUCUUGCCAAUGAUAAUAAUCGGUGGAUGGAUUAAUUGGAUGUUUUCUGGCUUUAUUACGACGAGAGUUCCUUUUCCUUUAACACUUCGGUUCAAGCCGAUGUUACAGAGAGGUAUUGAACUGAUGCAUUUGGAUGCCUCAUGGGUAUCGUCGGCUUCGUGGUAUUUUCUAAAUGUUUUCGGAUUGAGAAGCAUAUACGCUUUGGUCUUAGGAGAAAAUAAUGGAGCCGACCAAGCACGUCAGAUGCAGGAUCAAAUGUCAGGAGCAGCGAUGGCGAUGCCUCCAGAUCCAAAGGUUGCAUUUAAAGCUGAAUGGGAAGCGUUAGAAAUCAUCGAUCAUCAAUGGGGUUUACAAGAGGUCGAAAAUCAGAUUGUUUACCCAUUAAAUUCUUGUUGACUUGUCCAUAGUGGUACUCUGUCUGUAGAGACGGUCUACGUAUCUUGUUUUAAGUGAUUUGAGACCACACCAUUUUGUACCAUAUAUAUCUAGUUAUCUAUGUUUUUAUGGAUUAAGUUAUGUUAGUUAAAUGUAUUUGUAUGUUGAAAUUUAAAGUAUUUUCAUUUUUUCAUUAAAAUGUAGAAACAUUUA